GUUGCAAAUACUAACGCACUCAUCCCUCUCUACUGACUACUCUCAGCCGCGGAUCAGCCUCCCUCACUGUCUCACAACUCACAAGCUCUGGUCAGACUCUUCUCUAAAGCUCAACUCUCAAGCUCUCUCUCUCUCGUCUCUCCCACGCAGCGUCUCUCUCUUCUCAUUCACCCACUCACUCGCUCACUGUUCCUCCGUGGCCUCCGUUCCUUCCGCCGCCACCAGUGUACCACCUGGCAACUUAGCUUCUUCUCUCUUUCUCUUCUCCGAACAGUCUAUUCUCUGCGAGUCAGUUUGGUUCUGUGUGGUUGCCGCCAAAAUGUUGCGUAGAAAUAUUCGCAUGAGGAGGGAGUAUUUAUACAGGAAGAGCUUAGAAGGCAAAGAACGCUUGCUCUACGAAAAGAAGCGCAAGAUCAGAGAAGCACUUCAAGAAGGGAAGCCAAUACCUACUGAACUUAGGAAUGAGGAGGCUGCACUUCGUCGAGAAAUCGAUCUCGAAGAUGAAAACACAGCUGUCCCGAGAACGCACAUUGAUGAUGAGUAUGCACAUGCUGCGGAAAAAGAUCCUAAAAUUUUGCUAACCACUUCCAGGGAUCCAAGUGCUCCUCUUCAACAGUUCGUAAAGGAGCUGAGUUAUGUUUUUCCGAAUGCACAAAGGAUGAAUCGUGGUGGUCAGGUUAUUUCUGAAAUUAUAGAGUCUUGCCGUGCACAUGAUUAUACAGAUGUUGUGUUGGUUCAUGAACAUCGUGGUGUGCCAGAUGGCUUAAUUGUCUGCCAUCUGCCAUAUGGUCCAACUGCAUAUUUUGGAUUGCUCAAUGUGGUUACAAGGCAUGAAAUCAAAGACAAGAAAGCCAUUGGUACAAUGCCUGAGGCUUAUCCACAUCUGAUUUUUGAUAACUUCUCAACUAAGUUGGGUGAAAGGACUGCCAACAUUCUAAAGUAUCUUUUCCCAGUUCCAAAACCAGACACAAAACGUAUUGUGACUUUUUCCAACCAGUCUGACUAUGUAUCGUUCAGGCAUCAUAUAUAUGAAAAGCAUGGAGGUCCGAAGUCUAUUGAACUAAAGGAAAUUGGUCCACGGUUUGAGUUGCGACUUUAUCAGACUGAUAAUCAACUCUAUUGAAGCAAUGGGACGGGUGGCCAGUUCACUGGAUUUUAGUCUGAACAGAUCGAUAAAGCUGGGAACUGUGGAUCAAGCUGAAGCUCAAAUAGAAUGGGUUAUUAGACCUUACAUGAACACAAGUAAAAAACGCAAGUUUCUCAGUGAUUGAUGUUGCCAUAACAAAAGCCGCAAUGUUAAAGUAGUAUUUACGCAGCUUUACCUGAUACACGUUGAGUGCAUUUUUUCAUCGUGACGGAACAUCGAGGAUGUCCUUAGUUCCUUAGUUUGAAAGAGAAUAUAAAAUUUUUGGAAUGAGCAAUUGAGCAUCAUUGUAAACUGCUAAAGCUAUGAAAAAGUGAGAAUGGAAUGUACUUUAUGAUUAUUUUUGGAAGAAAAUUAUUAUUUGCUUUUUCUUGGGAAUA